GCGCGGCUGUGCCCGGCUGCGCGGGGCGGGCGCGGCGCUACAUUGUUGCACAGCCCAGCCCAGCCCGGCGGAGCGGAGCGGACCCGACCCGAUGCCGCCGGGAGCUCGGCGCUGAGCAUGGGGCGCUGCGUCCCGCCGCCCGCGGGCACCGCCUGAGCCCGGGCAGCGCGGGCUGGGAGCCGCCGCGGCACCCCGGAGCAUGAGCGGCUGCAGGGAGCCGCGGCGCUGAUCGCCCAGGGAGCGCGCGCCUCUCCCCGCCUGCCUCCGCCCUCCGGGCCGCUCCUCGGUGCAGCGCGGCCGGGGCUGGCGGGGCGGCCGGCCCCGCUCCUCUGAUGGCUCCCGCGCUGCCGGCGCCGGGCUGGACUGUCCGCGUCUGCUUGCUGGCGGCCUCGCUCUUCCCAGGGCUGCAAGCUCAGACUGUCCUGGUCAAUGACACCGUCUCGGGCUUCAUCGGGACGGACGUGGUCCUGCACUGCAGCUUCACCAACCCACUGCCCAACGUGAAGAUCACGCAGGUGACGUGGCAGAAAGCCACCAACGGCUCCAAGCAGAACGUGGCCAUCUACAACCCCGCCAUGGGCGUCUCCAUCCUCUCUCCCUACAAGGGCCGUGUCAAAUUCCUGAACCCCUCCUUCCAGGAUGGCACCAUCCAGCUGUUCCGGCUGCAGCUGGACGACGAAGGCGUCUACAUCUGCGAGUUCGCCACCUUCCCCACCGGCAACCGGGAAAGUCAGCUCAACCUCACCGUGCUGGCCAAGCCCAACAACUGGAUGGAGGGUACCACGCGGCCCCUCAUCGCCCGGGUCGGCAUGACGGAGAAGAUCCUGGUGGCCACCUGCACCUCCUCCAACGGGAAGCCUCCCAGCAGCGUGACCUGGGACACCACGCUCAAGGGAGCGGCCGAGUUCCAGGAGAUCCGCAACACCAACGGCACCGUCACGGUGAUCAGCCGGUACCGCCUCGUGCCCAGCCGCGAGGCCCAUCGCCAGCAGCUCAUGUGCAUCGUCAACUACCAGCUGGACCGCUUCACCGACAGCAUCACCCUCAACGUGCAGUAUGAGCCGGAGGUCACCAUUGAGGGCUUUGACGGCAACUGGUUCCUGAACCGCAAGGACGUGAAGCUGACGUGCAAAUCUGACGCCAACCCUCCUGCCACCAGCUACCAAUGGAAGCUGCUGAAUGGGUCGCUGCCCGAAAACGUGGAGAUCCAGAACAACACGCUCUUCUUCAAAGGCCCCGUCUCCCACAGCCUGGCUGGGACGUACAUCUGUGAGGCCACCAACACCAUCGGCACACGGUCGGGCCUGGUGGAAGUCAAUGUCACAGAAUUCCCCUCCACCCCGCCUCCGAGCAAUGACCGCAAAUCCGUGGCCCAGCCCAGCCUGCCCACGGCUGUGAUUGGGGGCGUGGUGGGCGGCGUCUCCCUGGUCCUGGCGGUGGCCGUGGUGCUCUUUGUGUUGCUCCGGCGCCGGCGUCACACCUUCAAGGGCGACUACAGCACCAAGAAGCACGUGUACGGCAACGGCUACAGCAAGGCCGGCAUCCCGCAGCACCACCCGCCCAUGGCGCAGAACCUGCAGUACCCCGACGACUCGGACGACGAGAAGAAACCGGGGCCGCUGGGCGGGAGCAGCUACGAUGACGAGGACGAGGACGCCGGCGGUGGCGAGCGCAAGGCGGGCGGCGCCAACAAGUACGAGGACGACUCCAAGCGGCCGUACUUCACGGUGGACGAGGGCGAGCCGCACACGGAGCCCUACGACGAAAGGACACUCGGCUUCCAGUACGACCCCGAGCAGCUGGACAUAGCCGAGAACAUGGUCUCCCAGAACGACGGAUCUUUUAUUUCCAAAAAAGAGUGGUACGUGUAGCUCGCCCCCCACCCUCUCCUUGACCCCACGCGUACACACACACACACAUGCACGCCCGCACGCACGCUCCCCUCACCCCAGCGGGGCCCUGCCGCGCACCUCCCGACCCCCGUACCGGGCCGAGGGGCGCGGGGACACACCUGGCACGCACGCCCGCGCGCACACCAACGCCGCCGCCCGGCCCGAGGGACCUCCACAGAGACUUGAGCACCUGCCACUAACUCGGAGGCAUCGGGAAGGGAUGAGGGGGGGCUGGUCGCUUUGCUUAAUUGAUCAUUUUGGGGAGGGGGUCCUGGUUUUUUUUGUUUUGGGGGGGUUUUGUUUUUUUGGAUUUUUUUGUUUUUUUGUUUUUUGUUGUGUUUUUUUUACUUUCUUCAAGGCCUUUUGUCCCCUUUCUGUGGUGUUUGUAUUGAUCAGUGGCUUAGGUGUUACUCUUUGCUUUAAACUACUACUGGGCAACCUUGUAUAUUAUCCCCCGUUUGUGUCCUUCAAGUGUCUCUCAAGUGUCCCUUGAGCCCCACUGGGCCCUGAAACGUGGCCUCUCGCUUCCACGCCCCCUUCCCCGAAACACUGGAUUUGUUUGUACGUUGUCUUCUUACUUGUGGGGGGGAAGGAAGUCACGGGAGAGCCAAGCGUGCCGGAGGGCAAAAGCACAAAGCAGCGAAGACCGAGAUGCCACUCGAGAGGUUGACGUUGAUAUUUUCAUUUGGUUCCUUUAGAGGGGGUUUGGGGGGCAUUUCUGUUUGGUUUUUGGUGGCGUUUCCAUUGCCCGCAACACACCUGAGAAGAUCCAUACGCAGCUGGGAACGCGUAAUAAGUCCAUCGGUCCUAAUCAAAGGAAAUUAAAAAAGCCAAACUCCCCCCUCCCUAUCACCACCCCAGGUGCAUGAGCUGAUAGCGAUGUGGGGAAAUGGAGCUGCCGUUCUCCUAUGAUUGUAUCAUUGUAUUUUUCCAUUUGUUUUAGUGGUUAGAAGCAAAACAAAGGACGGGCAGCCCAGGCGCGUGCAAUGUUUUUAUCGCUUAUAUUAUUAUUUGGGUUUUUUGCAGUCUUUUCAAAUGGUGCAGGGGGUUUGUACCAGCCAGCGAGAGGUUUGCUCUCCUGGCUUCCACGUGUGGGGUCUCCAGCACCCCGUGCCCCUGCCCUCCGGCCUGGCGUCACGGAGCCCCCAGGCCGUGAUCCAAGUGCCUUCGUAUGCGACGGGAGUCUCGGGGUGGACUUCGGCAGGCAUUGGAUCGGGGCUGUGGUCUGCACGCUGCAAGGGCUCUGCCAUCACCCCUUUUCCCCCUUCCCUUCGGUGGGACACGGCGCUGCCGUCCGUGUCUCCAUCAGUCACCACCCCUGCUCUCAAGGCCGUGCCUGGAUCUGCUUGGGUUGGCCCUUUCAUGGGCCGGUCUCAGCAGACAGGCAGGGGCUGUGUGGGCUUCUGCGCUGGGCUCACCUCCCGGCAGCCGGGGUGUGAUGGGGUAGCGCAGAGUGCUGCUAACUGUGGAUAAAUAGGACCCCAGGCCCCAGGGCUGUCAGUCUGACACUGGCCUUUCACCAAGACAAGCUUCACCGGGGCUUUUCUUCCCCCCAUUUUAUUAAAUGUAUAAAUGAAUGUGUUGUGUGAAAAGAUGUCCACUUCCCAAGGCGUGUUACAGGGAGCAGGGGACCCUCUCCUCCCGCACCACUCCAGGCCACGGGGAUCACCGAGCACCGGGAGAAGGUGAUCCUCUAGCAUCAGCCAGGCUUCACAUCCUGGUCCUUGGGACCGUGGCACCCGGCUCCUCCCACAAGGGCCCGAGGCAGAUCAAAUCAAAGCUGAGCAGAGCCAUCUGGUAGUCCUCUCUUCUUGCUGUGGGUAGACCGAAAAGAGUGCCCCUGGCUCUCCUGCUCCCAGUGGGAUGGCCAAGUGCCAUGAGGAAGGCUCUUCUCAGCAUGUUUCCAUACCUGCUGGGAUCAGGACAUCCCCAAUACCUCAGGAGGAGAGGUUCUCAUAGGAGACCCUGCCUCUAACCCUGAGCAUGUCCGUCCAUGGCUGGUGGCCGAAUGUGGCCUCUGGGCCAUUGUAACACACCACGAGGCCAAAGACUGCCCUUGCUUCCAUCCAGGAAGACCCACAGACCUCAGGGUAUGGGUCUUGGGGUCUCAUUUCCUUUUCCUUCCUGUACUACUGAGCAACUGCCUGAGAAAAGGAAAUGGAAACCCCCACAUCCCCCCUGACAAGGUGCCCGUUAUGUGGGGUGCUGCAGAUCAGCAACUCUUGAGGCCACCGAGGCCCCCUCCAGCUCGGCCUGUUGUGCUUAGGGAUGGGGAAUCGCUCGUCCGGGGAGGGUCUAAUGCAGCCCAUCUCAGCAACAGGCUGCAUUAGAGUCUCCAGGGGCUACGACACUGUGCCCCAGUGCUCCCAUUUCCCUCUCCAGUCCCCUCCUAAGCAGCUAUCCCGGUUACCCGAGGUCUGUUAGGGUUAGACCCUUGUCCUGCAGAUGAGAGCUCAGUUUACAGCCAUGAUGCUUCUGUUUCUGAGUGCUAGGAAGCCUGCUAGGUAGGGCCAGCUAGAUCCAGGGGAGGGUAGGAAGCAAAGGCAGCACAGGCGAGCUUAUUCACGGACAGACCAGUGGCUCUGGAGGGCAGAUAUAUGGUGGGGGUUAGUUGGCAGGUGAUACGCUGCACCCAUGGGUGCUCAGACUUGCCAUCUCCUCUGGGUCAGGGCUCCAUGGCUCCCCUGCCCUCCUCACCGAUUCAUUUUCCUGAGCACGCAAAAACCAAAAGGGAAGGAAGGACACCAUUCCUGCACAGGUCCUUGGUUGCUGGGCCCACCCAGUACAGCCCCCGACUUGAGACAUCCACAGUCCCGCUGCUCUUUCUGGAGCCAGUUAAUUAGCAGUGCAGCUCUUGGGGGACCCUCGUUAGCAUGGCCCACUGAUUCCCUGUAGCAAGGCAGAAGGAGCCUCGUGAAAAAUGAUCCAUUGGCAAUUUGUCUGAGAGCUGCUACUACAUGGGACAAAACCCCUGCCUGGGGUAAGCACAUCCAGCCUCAUGCAGGUGGGGGCCAAACCACAGCAAUCCACGAGAAGCUGACACAGGCUGCUGUAGGGAAGCCAUACACACCCUGGGGCUGGCGGGGGAUGUAGCUCUUGACCUCUAGCUUUGCACCCCUUGCUUUGCAAAGUGCCUCUGGGAUUUGGGCACCUGGCUCCUACUCAUGGGGUGGGCUAUGUUUCAGCCUCAUGAGCUCAGCCAGGCCUGGUUCUGUAGGGACGGUGGAAGGUCCUUCCCCAGGGCCUGUCCUGUCAGGCUGAUCUGGGAGGGGAUCCCAGGACACCACCUCCCCAAGCGCUUGCUGCUGGCACGGGGUACAGGGAGUCCAGCCAGGGUGCAUGGCCACGCAUAGACAGGAAUCCCCUUGCUAAAGAGAAACCUUGAUCACCGAGCAGCAGGGUCCUUUCAGCCCAUCAGGACACAUGCCAUGGGGAGAAGGAUGGUAAAAUCUAAGCCAUUUCCCCUGCCCCAUGCACAGUGAUCUGCACUGAGUGCAAGCCUCUGCCUUGAGACUCUUGCAUUGUCCAUGUGAGGAUGUCCCAGCUGCCUUCCCGUCGUAGUUAGCUCUCACAGUUCAUCCUGACGCUGCUGUUUCCCCUGAGCUAAUCAGAUUUUUUUCCCCACUCCUUUUUGCAAAUCAUUUUUGUUCAGCUGGGGGGAGGAGGGGAGAGAAACCUGAAGGUUUGCAAAAGCAGCAAGCCAACCAGCCCAGCCGCCAGAGCUGAACGGAUGACAGAGAGGAGAAAAACAAGGCAGCCAUUGCCUGGUGGCUUGGGAAUAGAGCCAGGGAAGGGGCCUGCCCAUGGUUAGAGAAGGGAACAGCAUUAAGGGGGAGCAUGUACUCAUCACACACAUGCUCCACCUGGAAGCCAGGAAGGCAGAGGGGGGUCUCUGCGUGUCUCCCCACAGCCUAAUGAGUGCAGAAGUAGGCAGGCGCAUUGCAUGCCAGCAGCAGAUCCUUAACCAGGCUCCAUUCAGUGGAGUAGAUGUUCUCAGAGUCCCGAGUUUCCCCCCAAGAGUAGGUGUUGUAGCAAGAGCCGGCUGGGGCGCUGCCUAGCGCAUCUCCAGCCCAAGCAAUAGGGCACACUUGGCUUGUAGAGAAAUGCACUGCCACCCCGGCUGGAUCGGCCUGCAGGCACUGUUGGGAGCAAUGGAGAAAGGCUGUGGAAGCACAGACUUUCUCCAGCCCCAGGCUCCUAUGGCACGGGGCUGGGGGCAUUGCCAGCACUGUGUGCGCCGAUGCCUGCUCUUUCUUCAACGUGGCUUACGAUAGCACUUUAGCCCUCCCCAGUCUGUGAGUGUUUCCCCAAGUCCAACACGGAUCCAUGGGGAGCUUGAGCAAUGAGCACGAUUCCCAGCAAAGCUCCCCUGAGAGAGGCAGGGAAUCCCCGAGCCAGGCCGGGCUGAGGGAUGGAGGAGGAUGCGGGCCCACCAUGCUUAGAUAUAUCCCAUGAAGGGUCUGACUUUGCAGCCCUGGAACAAACCCCACUGAGGUCAGCAGUACUUGGCUUAAUUCACCCCUGUGCAGAAAGGCCAGCUCAAGGACCAGGAGCAACUCCAAAAACGGGGGCCAAUGGGGGGGGCAUGCUGGCUGCCUGCACAGUGAUGAAUUGCAAGGCUGCAAGAUCAAGCCCUCCCGAUGGUGUUGAAUCCAUCCUGAAGCCCGACGUGGCAUGCCCCACGUCACCGUACCGACCGACCGCAGGGAGUCCGGCCCUCAGCCAGUCAUCUCAGCUCCGCAGUUGAGAAUGGACUUUCCUGCCUGCCUUUCUUUUUCCCAUUUCCCCUCCAACUUGAGUGACUUUUUUUUUUAUUUCCUUGCUGUUCAUGAUCGUUGUGGAAUCAAAAAACUGAAACAACCCACCCUGCAUUUUUUUUUUUUUUUUUUUUGUAACCUGUGUCGUUAAAUGCUUUUGUAAAAAAAAAAAACAAAAAAAACAGCAAAAAAGAGAGAGGGAGAGAGAAAGAGAGAGACACUGAUGCUGUAACUGGACUGACUUUGCUUUGAGGAAUUCCUUUUCUUUUUCAGUUUGUUUUUUGGGUUUUGUUUCCCAUCCUUUGUAAGCAUUUUGGUUGGUUCGGGGUGGGGGGCAUCCUCACGGUUCAGAUUUGUGGGGGGGUGUUGCUUCACUCUCCUUUUACUUGUAUAAAAAAAAUGAAUAGUGGCUCAGCUGUGGAAAGAAAUGUACUUUUUUAUAAAUAAAGGAUUUUAAAAAAAGA